AUUUUACGGCCAAGCACUCAAGAAAACUUUCAGAUCUGAUCUCGGUUAUUAUGUUUAUUUGGAGGGUAAGCAGCCAAUUAUAGACUUAUAGUUCUCAUCCUCCUCGAUCAGGAUCUGACUGCAUCUCGUCGGCGUUCCUCUCCAGCUCUAGGGUUCCAGAUCUCCCAUGCACCUCCGCUUCUAAUCCCCCACCUGCAACCGCUGAUAUGGAGGCGCCACUGCCUUCCCGCCUCCGAGAUCUGGCGUCCAACGGACGCUCCAGCUCAGCCUCCAGCCGAUCCCACGAUCUCGAUUCUCCUUCCUCAUCCGCCGGCAGCAGCGCCGUCAGUCACAGCCUUGCCUCCAUCCUUAACAACCCCCAUGCUGGCCGCUCCGAUGCCUCUUGGUCUCUCUGGUGGUCCUCCUCUUCUGCCGCCUACCCCGACCUCACUGCUCCCUUUGCUCCGUCCGUCUCGUUCCCCGAGGUCGCCCGCGCCGACUUUCUUCCCUACAUUUCGUCUGUCGCUGAUGCAUAUUCGCGGUUCGAGGACAUCCUCAGCCAUAGAUCAAAGGAGAGCGCCGCUGCUGCCGACGACGCUUCUGGUGGCGACGGAGAGGUCCGAGGGCAAGGGGAGGCUCUGGUGGCUUGUCUCCGGGAGGUUCCGUCGUUGUUUUUCAAAGAGGACUUCGCGUUGGAGGAGGGCGCCACGUUUAAGGCAGCAUGCUCCUUCUCACCGUCGGGUGAAGAGAACAUGGCCCUCCAAGAGAGAUUGACACAAUACCUGGAUGUCGUUGAGAUGCAUUUGGUGAGGGAGAUCUCACUGCGAUCGGAUUCGUUCUAUGAAGCUCAGGGUCAGCUUCAGGGUCUGAAUGGGCAGAUCGUGGAAGCAUGUGUGAGGAUUCGGGAACUGAAGGAAACUAUCCGGAUCCUAACUGGAGAUCUUGUUGGGUCAGCCAGAAAAGUGCAAGAGCUGAAUGCCACCCGUGGAAAUCUAUUAGCACUGCACCAGAAGCUCACUGUCAUCCUCUACGUUAGCCAAGCACUGGGGGCAAUGAAACUGCUUGUUGCAGCAGCAGAUUGUGCUGGUGCUUUAGACGUGAUAGAUGAUUUGCAGCAGUUGCUGGAUACUGAUGAGCUUGUUGGCCUUCAUUGUUUUCGGCAUCUUCGAGAUCAGUUGUCAAGUGCCUUGGAUUCGAUAAAUAGCAUUCUUUCAGCAGAAUUCAUGCGUGCUUCCAUACCUGAUGGCAAGGUUUUUGAUUCAAUGAUUUUAUCAAGAUUAGUGAGUAAGGCUAGUGAUCUUAUGAAAGGAGUAGAGGACCAAGUAAAGUUAGAGGAUGAGGAAAGCUCUAACCUUCAAGAUUGUCUUCUUCCACUCAUCAUCGGUCUACUAAGAACAGCAAAGCUUCCGUCUGUGUUGAGGCUGUACCGUGAUACACUUAUUACUGAAAUGAAAGCUUCAAUUAAAGCUACAGUCGCUGCUUCUCUUCCAGUUCUAUUAGCUCGACCAAUGGAUUCUGAUCUGGUUACCAGCGACAGAGUUGGUGAUUCAGAUGGUGGAAGUUUGUCCCUUGCAAGCAAGUUGCGGAGUCUAUCUCCUGAAAGCUUUGUUCUUCUUUUGAAGGCUAUUUACAACGUUGUGCAGGCACAUUUGACGCGGGCUGCAGAAGUUAAAAGGAUUGUUGAGCUGAUUAUGGGAAAUGUUGAUGGUUGUUAUGCUGUUGAACCCAGUGUUGCUGCAGUUGCACAUGGUACUGCAGAAGGUUCCCAAGAGAACAAUGGCCAUCUUGUUCCAUAUGUUUCUCAUUCCCUUCCCAGAAAUCCUCCUAAAAUCUCAUUGGUUCAAGGAAAAGCUAAUGAUUCAAGUCCAAGCACAUCCAAAAAUUUUCGUGCUGAUGUACUGAGAGAAAACACAGAAGCUGUAUUUGCUGCUUGUGAUGCUGCUCAUGGAAGAUGGGCAAAACUACUUGGUGUCCGUGCCCUCCUUCAUCCCAAAUUAAGACUUCAAGAAUUCUUACGCAUUUAUGACAUAACCCAGAACUUUAUAGCUGCUACAGAGAAGCUUGGUGGAAGAUUGGGUUAUAGUAUUCGUGGUACUCUUCAGUCGCAGUCAAAGGCAUUUGUUGACUAUCAGCAUGAUUGUCGUAUGACCAAAAUCAAGGCAGUCCUCGAUCAGGAAACUUGGGUUGCUGUGGAUGUCCCUGAUGAAUUCCAGGCCAUAGUUAUACUUUUGUCUUCUGCUGAUGUAUCAAUAAACAAUAGUGAACUGUUGUCAAACAGUCCCAAUUCUAGCACCAUUGAAACAACUGUUGUUUCUAACCAAGACCAUACUAUUCAGAAAGAAUUUGAUCAAGCUGCUGAUCAUGAUAAACAAACUUCUUCCCCCUUAUCAGCUAUGGUAAACCAAAACACCAUUGUAGAGUCUACACCUAAACAGAAUAGCAAUGCUAGUUCAAAUGAACCUGGAAGAUCAGCUUCUCAAAUGCUCGUGUAUCAAGGUGUUGGCUAUCACAUGGUAAACUGUGGCUUAAUAUUGUUAAAGAUGCUAUCAGAGUAUGUUGAUAUUAGUAAAUUCCUGCCAUCAUUGUCAUCUGAAGUGGUUCAUCGUGUAGUGGAAAUAUUGAAGCUAUUCAACAUGAGGACUUGUCAGCUUGUUCUUGGAGCUGGCGCAAUGCAGGUAUCAGGUUUAAAGUCCAUAACUUCUAAGCAUUUAGCUUUGGCAAGCCAGAUUGUCAGUUUUGUUCAUGCGAUAAUACCAGAAAUACAACGUGUUCUUUUCGAGAAAGUACCUGAGGCCCGCAAAGCAUUGCUUGCAGUAGAGAUAGAAAGAGUGGCACAGGUAUGACCAUAUGAAGUUGACUGAUUUUUUUGUGUAAGAACUUGCAAAUUCCUGUUUCCUGUCUAUUUGCAUGCUUUCCAUAAUCAUCAAUCAACUUCAUGCAAAGAUUGCUAUAGACAGAGUAAUGGUGCAAUUGUAGAGAUACUUAAGGAAGAAUAAAGCAAGUAAAUGAAAACAUCCACUAACAUGUUUGGUUUAUAGAGUGAAAUUAAUGAGGAAUGACAUAGUUAUUUCUAGGGAAUGAAAUAGAGUAGGAGCAGUAUAGGUACUAUAUUCCUUGGUUUGGCUUAUGAAAUGAAAUAAACUAGGCAUAGAAUAAAAAUAUAUAUCUGUAGUUUGGUUCAUAGAAUGGAAUGCUUGUUCCAUUCUCAUUUCUUUAGUUAUAUUGUAGAAAAAAAUAGUAGACAAGAAAUAAUCUCCUCAGUAUAAAAAUAUCCCAAACAAGAAAGGAUCUUCCUGGAGUUGGCCUACUUUCUCAUUUUGCUCACUCAGCCCAUCUGUUUCUUUUAAUUCAUUGAACCUGCAACUCUGCAAGGCCCAUCCACCUAUGCAACCUGUCCAUUUCACAUUUCCCUUCAGCUCGGUUGGUUAGCCUGUCUUACUCAUCUAGCCAUCUGGUUAUUGUUCUGCUGAGCUAGCGCAUGAUACGUAUUCUUUGGAUAGUGGAAUGGAUUAAUGGAUUAGGAACAUAUUCCUUGGAAUUGUUAAAAGAGGAGUUAAGAAGGAUCAUGAAGGAACAACAAUUCCUUGAGAGUUGAUAUUCCAAGUUCAUUGAGCAACCAAACAAAUGAACAAUUAUUCCAUUAGAAUUCUUGAGUAGAGUAGCUAUUCCUGCAAACUGAAGAUACAAAUGUUUAUAUUUCAUUCUUGCCUAUGUGACUACCAUAGGCUUCAUGGCAAUAUUUAUUGCAAUGAAAUAAGUUCUACAAAAAAGGCCCUUCCCUAAUGCUUUGUUUAUGAGAUAGCUUGUGGAAAAUAGUGAAUGAACAAGUGGAUAUAUGAACCUUCCUUUAUUUACUUAAGUGGACACUGAUUUGAGAUGGAUUGAAUGGAAGAAAAACAAACCAUCUGUUCUAUUUCAUCCUUACUUUAUUUCCUUGGGUUGAAACUAUUGUGGGAUG